AUGAAGUUCCGACUACCUCAUCUGGUGAACCCAGAGUUCCAGCAUGGUGUGCAGAGCGCGCAGGCUAUGACUCAGGCUUGGUCUAUGCAGCAUUUAAUUCUUGCUUAUGUGAUAAUCUGGAUUAUCUAUUUCGUUAAGAAUUUCGGCUCCUUCCAAGGAACACUUGUUAACUGGCACUACCCUACCACCAUCCUGUCGACGCUUGUUGGAGGUCUGUUCAAACUUCCUUAUGCCUUUGCCUUGAUGAUCGUCUGUAUGCCCGUCGGACUUAUCAUGAUGGCGGGAUGCAACAAUGUCCAGACAUACUGUGCGGCGCAGGUAUCCUACUCAGUGGGUUCUACUGGCGUGGACUUCGUCAUGACCAUCUUCAUCGCCGAUACGUCCGCUCUCACAAACCGAGCGUUUUGGCUCGCCUUCACCGGAUCUCCUUACAUUGCUACUUGCAAGGCACAGAAGGCCGGUCUCGUCCUGGAGCGCCACAGCCAGCGCACCGCCCUGGAAUCCAUCACCCACUACGGGAAGGAGUUUGAUCCUUCGCUAAUCGCCUUCCCCCUUUACGAGCGAUACGUCGCUCCCGUCACGUUCAUCCCCUGGUCGCUCUUACUUAAGCGCACCGUCUUCGUCCGCUACACCAUGGCGGCCAGCAUUUGCCUCGCCUGGUACCUCUGGGACAUCUACUUCUACUCGAUGCUGGUUGUAGUCUUCAACCAAAGCCUCACACAGGCCACCUGUUUCAUCAACAUCUACAGCGGGGCGCUCUACUUCGGCGUGCCGAUCACCGUCCUCGGCGUGGGUCUGAUGGUCUACUUCCGCGAACCGGGCGUCAACAUCGGGUACAUCAUCAUGUGCCAGAUCUUCAUCGUGUUCGGCGGAGGCACGCUGGUGAUCUGCGAGCAGAUGACCGUGAUGGCGGUGUCGUCUCAGCAGCAUAUCCCCGCCGUGCGGGCCAUGGAGAGCAUGCUCACCAACAUUAAUAGUGCGGUGGGCAGGAACAUUGCCACGGCGCUGUGGGCGGGUGUGUUUCCCCGGAAACUGGAGGAGUAUCUCCCAGCGGAGCGGCUGAUGCUGAUUGCUGCAAUGGGUUUGUAUACGGUGACAUUGGUCUCGGUGAUGAUGUGGAAAGAUGUUAAUGUGAGCGAGACUAGGCAGGUGAAGGGGCGGGGAGUGGAAAGAAUUCCCGGUUUGCCGUAG